GCACCCCUUUCCAAGGAUAACCCGAAGAAUGUUGUGGCAGUGGCCGACUUUCCCGAGUCAGGUACUAAUAAAUUCACGAAAGGUUACGUCUAUUUCACCAGUCCAAAGGGCAGCUCCGUAAAGGUCCAUGUGGACAUGACUGGUUUGCCCCCUGUGGAUGGUCCAUUUGUGUAUCAUAUACAUGAAGGCCAGAUAUUUGACAAAGUGAGCUGUGACGAGGCUGGUAAGCAUUUCGACCCAUUCAGAGGUCUUGAGAAGUGUACGGAAAACAGUGACGAUGCUCUUUGUAUGGUUGGGGAUCUUUCUGGAAAGCAUGGAUGGAUUAAUGCCACUUGUUUCCAAACGGAAUAUCACGACAAGUACCUUUCCUUGAAUCCUGCCUCUGAGUCUUACAUUGUUGGGAGGUCAAUCGUGUUCCAUGACCAGAAGCUGACUCGGUUUGCUUGUGCAAAUAUCAACCUUGCUAGU